AUGCAGUUGUUUUUGAUACGUUAACCAACAAAGAAAUUCGGGUUACGACUGUACAGAUGAUACUUUUGCUUUAUUUUAAUGAAAACAAAGUUGUGGAUUUGGAAGAUUGGAAACUUGCGUUUCCGAAUCAAUGGAAAGUUGCUUUGGAUGUUUUGCUUAAGAAAAAAGUAGUCCGAGAGGUAGGAGACGGGAAAUUUGAGGCCUGUGAAGAGGUAUUGGAGGACCUAGACUGCUCUCCCGAUGUCUAUGCUCCCAUCCGAUCGCUUUGGAACAAAACGGAGAAGAUUAAGCAACAUCACGAUCGUAGGUCUUCCAUUAUUGACUGCAAGAUCAUAAAGAAGAUGAAGCAAAAAACGGAGUGUUUGAGUGAUGAGAUCAUUGAAGAGGUCCUCCGGAAGAGCACAGAGGAAGAAGAUGGGUUUAUUCCAGAGGUUGAGCAUAUUCAAGCAAGAUGUGAGCACCUUAUAAACCUCGGGUACCUGACCAGAAUCUCACGAAGGUCAAUCAGGUAUAAUAUCGACAGCAGUAAACAAAAUGAUUCAAAUUCUGAUGAAAAUGUUCCAGAAGAGAAACCCGGACCGUCAUCUCAAAUUAUGACAUCUUUGGAUAACGCUAUUAUAACUACAAGCUCCACAGUAGUGGCUGUGCAAGUUAAACCAUUCACAUCAGUUGUUAAUCCAUCUGCUGGGCAAUUGACCUUUUUGACCACUGCACGGCCGUUAAAAGCAUGGGAAAGCGAGACAGAAGUUUCAGUUCUUCCAAGUUUACCAAUCCAUUCAAACACUCUUACAAGUGAUCAAGUUAUAACUGAAAUCCGAACUGAAAUUUCAAGACUGGCCGAAAUUCUCUCUGAAAGUGUGGAAACUGCUGAAGCUUUGCUGCUACAGUUUGAUUGGCACAGUGAUAAAUUGAUUGAGAGUUAUGCAGUGGCUAGAGAAACCACGCUUGCCUCGGUGGGUAUUUCUGAAAAUUCACCUCAAAAAUCGGCCGAAAUCGGGUCUAUGUCUUGCCCAGUUUGUAUGAAUGCUUUAGAGAAAGGAGAUUGCGUGUCUCCAAUCUGUGGACACUUAUGCUGUAAAACUUGCUGGAGGUCAUACUUGGAAAUGCAGCUGUCUUUGGAUAAGUCUUCUACUACCACUUGCCCUUUGAAUGACUGUACAGUGAGACCUACACUAUCUUUGUAUAGGUUUGUGUUUGGCGAUGAUAGUAAAAAUGUUGAUAAGUAUGAACUUGGUCUGGUGCGGUCUUAUGUUGACGCUAACAAACAGAGGUCUUGGUGUCAUAACCCGCGUGGGUGCGACCGGAUUGUUCAGAACAGUGGUAAUGAUGUAGGAUGGUGUAAUGCUUGUGGGUGGCAGACGUGUUUUGCUUGUACUUAUGUGGAGGCACAUUCGCCUGCAAGUUGCGGACACAUGUCACAGUGGAUGGACGAUGGUGGGUUCUAUGAAGGGAUGAAUGAAGAUGCGAGGAGCAAACAUCUCGCUCGUCUUAUUGCAAAGAGGUGCCCGAACUGCCAAGCGAAUAUCGAGAAAAACGACGGCUGUUUACACAUGAAGUGCGCCAAGUGCACUCAUGACUUUUGUUGGCGAUGCCUGCAGCCGUGGCGCCCGUCACAUCGAGACUAUUACAACUGCGGCACCAAAGUUAGCAAGCUCGCUCAAGCCGGUGUUAAGUUUGUGGAGUUUAACAAGCGUUGUAGAUUUCACCAUAAAGCAAAGCAGUUCGCAUUUGAUCUUCGUAGACGCCUCCUGUCAAUCAACGACAGCCCUUCACCUGCCAACCUUCAGCUUUGUUUAAACAUGUGCACCAAACUGGCAGAGUUUCGCAAAGUACUUGCCUACUGUAAUGUGUUUCAAUACUACUCCGUUGACUCUGAAAAACUGGACCCGAUUGGGUUAUAUUCUGUUGCAUUGGAAAACAAAACCCUUGCCCUCCAGGAACAUAUUGGGAAUGUGCUUCUAUGUUGUGCUGAUAUUCAGCACACAGUUGCUACAGUGAAACAAACUGAUCUUAUAAAAGGGCAGCGUUUAAUGAACGAUUGUGAAGAUACUGUGAAGCGACUUACUACAUUUGCAAAGCAAGAUAUGAAGGUUGCCCUACCAAGUUCUACAAACCAAACUAUCAAAGUAACCGAUGGUGGAACAGUAGUCGUUACUAAUGACGAAGACAACACAACGUUCGGAGCAAACUCCCGGCCAGCCGGAGACAGCCAAGAUGAGGACUCUUUGCUCCUGGAUCCGGUCCCAUCCUACUUCACCUCUGAUAAUGAUCAGGAUGAAGGGAAUCUCGCAUCCGAUGACGACUAUGAGUAUGAUCAAUCUGAUGAUGAUAUUUUCAGCUCCUCCCAAGCGAUGCAGGAAUCAGAUGAUCUUGAAUAUGAUGAUGAUGAUGAUGAUGAAGACGAUGAAAGUGAUCCUUGGCUUGAUUUUUACGCAUAACACUCGCAUCAUGUUACUUAUAGUGGGGGUAAGACGGGACACCUUUGUGGGGUAAGACGGGACACACACUAUUGCAAAAUAUCUUUAUUGUGUUUUUUAAACAAUUAACAACGGUCAAUGGGAGUCGUUAGGAUACAGUUUUAUAAUUCAUUGAAUGUUCUUUGUUUACCCCCGGAUAAAACGAAAAAAUAGAAUGAAAAGCUGUCCCAUCUUCCCCACCUUACUAUAUAUUUCAAAUACUUGGUAUUUAUUCAAUUAUGGUGGAAUUGAACUUUAUUUUUGCCAUAACUUAUUUUUUUAUUUUUGUAGUUUAUAGUUGGGUAUAGAUUUGAACUAAACAAUUAAUAGUUUUUAUUUUCUUCAGUUAAAAAAACAAACUCAUGUAGUCGAGACAACAUAUUUCUAUGGUUUUUAGACUAUUUUUUGCCCAAAUUUAGUUUAAUAUUAUUUUAAAAAAGUAAAAACAUUGAGGAUGUAUAUUUAUUUAUCGGCUUAGCAUAAAUAUGUAACUUUGUUAAUUCUUUUUGUUCCCAUUUAAUUCUAUGACAUAUUGUAGUGUAAAUAACUGUACCUUAAUGAAACAAAUUUCUUCUUUAAUUGACUUUUCUUUGCUGUUCUUUUUGAUUUUUCAUUUUCCAGGUCAAAUUAUGCUGUAAAGAUAUUAUAAGCUCUAUUUUCAACGCCCUAUACUGCCAUAUAACCAAUUAUACUCAUUGUGUAUGGUUCAAAUUUGGGUUUAAUUAGGUAAAAUCUGUUUCCACCACUGUAAAACCUAUUUCUUUAAUCAAAAAUAAAUAGAUUUCUCUUGG